CCCACAGGCCCCGGGCCAGCUCCCUUUCCAGCGGAAGCUCCCGGCCUUCAGUCUAAACGUCGCGUACCGAGCUCAUUUGCAUAAGGACGCGCGCGACGCCGGCAAGAGGGAGGGCGGGCGCGGCCGGGGAAGCGGCGCGCGCGCGCACCCUGACAGCUCGGCCCUGCUCGCUCACUGGCUCGUUCCCGGCUUCCGAGCACAGCAUGGCGGUCAAGGUGCAGACAACUAAGCGAGGUGAUCCUCAUGAGUUAAGAAACAUAUUCCUACAGUAUGCCAGUACUGAGGUCGAUGGAGAACAUUACAUGACCCCAGAAGAUUUUGUCCAGCGCUAUCUUGGACUGUAUAAUGAUCCAAAUAGCAACCCAAAGAUUGUGCAGCUCUUGGCAGGAGUAGCUGAUCAAACCAAGGAUGGGUUGAUCUCCUAUCAAGAGUUUUUGGCAUUUGAAUCUGUUUUAUGUGCUCCAGAUUCCAUGUUCAUAGUGGCUUUCCAGUUGUUUGACAAGAGUGGAAGUGGAGAGGUGACAUUUGAAAAUGUCAAGGAAAUUUUUGGACAGACUAUUAUUCAUCAUCAUAUCCCUUUUAACUGGGACUGUGAGUUUAUCCGACUGCAUUUUGGGCAUAAUCGGAAGAAGCAUCUUAACUACACAGAGUUCACACAGUUUCUGCAGGAGCUGCAGCUGGAACAUGCAAGACAAGCCUUUGCACUGAAAGACAAAACCAAAAGUGGCAUGAUUUCUGGUCUGGAUUUUAGUGAUAUCAUGAUUACCAUUCGGUCUCACAUGCUUACUCCUUUUGUGGAGGAAAACUUAGUUUCAGCUGCUGGAGGAAGUAUCUCACAUCAAGUUAGCUUCUCCUACUUCAAUGCAUUUAACUCCUUACUGAAUAACAUGGAACUUGUUCGUAAGAUAUAUAGCACUUUAGCUGGCACAAGGAAAGAUAUUGAGGUCACAAAGGAGGAAUUUGCCCAGAAUGCCAUACGCUAUGGACAAGUCACUCCACUAGAAAUUGAUAUUCUAUACCAGCUUGCAGACUUAUAUAAUGCUUCGGGGCGCUUGACCUUAGCAGAUAUUGAGAGAAUAGCCCCAUUGGCUGAGGGGGCCUUGCCUUUCAACCUGGCAGAACUUCAGAGACAGCAAUCUCCUGGGUUAGGCAGGCCUGUCUGGCUCCAGAUUGCCGAGUCCGCUUACAGAUUUACUCUGGGCUCAGUUGCUGGAGCUGUGGGAGCCACCGCAGUGUAUCCUAUAGAUCUGGUGAAGACCCGGAUGCAAAACCAGCGUGGCACUGGCUCUGUUGUUGGGGAGCUGAUGUAUAAAAACAGCUUUGACUGUUUUAAGAAAGUCUUGCGUUAUGAGGGCUUCUUUGGACUCUACCGGGGUCUGAUACCACAACUAAUAGGAGUUGCUCCAGAAAAGGCCAUUAAAUUAACUGUUAAUGAUUUUGUCCGAGACAAAUUUACCAGAAGAGAUGGCUCUAUUCCACUUCCAGCGGAAAUCCUGGCUGGAGGUUGUGCUGGGGGUUCUCAGGUCAUCUUUACAAACCCACUGGAGAUAGUGAAGAUUCGCCUGCAGGUGGCCGGAGAGAUCACCACAGGACCCAGAGUCAGUGCCCUGAAUGUGCUACGGGACUUGGGACUUUUUGGUCUGUAUAAGGGUGCCAAAGCGUGUUUCCUCCGAGACAUUCCCUUCUCUGCAAUCUAUUUUCCUGUUUAUGCUCAUUGCAAACUACUUCUGGCUGAUGAAAAUGGACACGUGAAAGGUUUAAAUCUCCUUGCAGCUGGAGCCAUGGCAGGUGUGCCUGCUGCUUCUCUGGUGACCCCUGCUGAUGUCAUCAAGACAAGACUGCAAGUGGCUGCCCGUGCUGGCCAGACAACAUACAGUGGUGUCAUUGACUGUUUCAGAAAGAUACUUCGGGAAGAAGGGCCCUCAGCGUUUUGGAAAGGGACUGCAGCUCGAGUGUUUCGAUCGUCUCCCCAGUUUGGGGUUACUUUGGUCACCUACGAACUUCUUCAGCGGUGGUUUUACAUUGAUUUUGGAGGCCUCAAACCUUCUGGCUCAGAACCAACACCUAAGUCCCGCAUCGCAGACCUUCCUCCUGCCAAUCCUGAUCACAUUGGUGGAUACAGACUUGCCACAGCCACUAUUGCUGGAAUUGAAAACAAGUUUGGCCUUUAUCUCCCCAAAUUUAAGUCUCCUACUGUUGCAGUGGUUCAGCCAAAGGCAGCAGUGGUAACAGCUCAGUGAUGAGACACUGUCAAGAAUGGCAAAAUGGCA